AUGGAGGCCGCGGAGAAAUCUGCUGGUGAAAUACCCCUGUCAAGGCUGCGGAGGUUCAUUGCCUACGCUCGCGAGUCCUGCGGACCCCGUCUUUCCCCGUCGGCAGCCGAAAAACUGGUGAAUCAGUAUGUUUUGAUGCGUUCAGGAGCCAGCAGACACGAGCAACAGACCGGAAAACAUGCUGCUAUCCCGAUAACUGUUCGCCAACUGGAAGCUGUCAUUCGUAUUUCCGAGUCUCUCGCAAAAAUGCGCCUCGAAGCCUUCGCAAAUGAGUCCGAUGUGGACGAGGCACUUCGCCUUUUCCAAGUUUCUACCUUGGAAGCCUUCAUGACAGGAAGUCUGGAGGGCGCUGAGGGCUUCACCAGCCAAGAUGAGCACGACCUAAUUGGUUUUUCAGAACACGCUGUCUCAAAGGUCUUACACUACAUGAUUCGUCGAGGAGAGAUUCAGUACAGAAUGCAGCGUCGUAUUCUCUAUCGUGUUAAGUAG